AUGACCCACACCUUCCAAAGAGGUGAUAAAAUCUUUGUAAAUGGCAAUGAUGGCAACCUGUGGUAUGCUGUGAUCAAGGACAUCAGAGUCCAAUGCUUGAAGAAAAUACAGAAGGCAUGGAUUGAAGUGCAGUGGUACUACAGCAGGAGUGAUAUAGGAGACAAAAAAAUGAGAAAAUACAUUGGCAACAAUGAGCUGGUUCUAUUGGACCACAAUGACAUCAUUGAAUUACAGGCCAUUGUGUCUUGGAAGCUCAUGGAGAGCAUAGUGCUGGCAGACAUCACACCCUUCAGUGCAGAAAGGUGUUUUGGUCCUCUGAUAGGACCCAAGGAUAUGUAUACAUGGUGGACUGUGAGCACACAUGGUAAACAAGUCAUCCAGACAAAGCUCAACAAUGGUAUUGUUGAACCUGCAAAAAUUGGUUUUACUGCAGUUGUUUACAGAAACUUGCAAAAGAAAGCACCAGACCCCUGGACAUCACAAAGGAAGUCCUUAAUGGGACAGGUCUCUCACUGCAGGAUAUUCAGGGGAAAUGAGGGUGGUGUGGUGGGCAAUGGUGAGGUUAUGAUGAGUAUGUGGGAGGAGGUCAGAGCAGCACAGAUCAGGCAGAGAUGGGAUGUUGAAACUGGUCUGCAAAAUCAUAUGACCAGUGACUUGCUCCAACAGGCACAGAAGUCAUAUAAAGAUAUGAUGAAGCAAGAGAUGUCAAAGGAAUUGGAAGAGGCCAGGGUGAUGAUCAGGAGGCUAAAGACUGCAUUGGUAGUGUCAGAUGCUGUGGUAGAACUGAAUAGAGAGCAGUGGUGGGAUCAUGCACCAAUAUGUGAUAUUUCAAAGACUUUUCAGACUGUUGGCACCAUAACACCUGGCCCCUCUACAUGGAUUAUGACAUAG